AUGGCUGACAUCAAACCCCCCUUUACCGAGGAAACUGCUAUCAAGAAGGUUAAAGCAGCUCAGAAUAUGUGGAAUACACAAGAUCCUGUCCGAGUCGCGAAAGCCUAUACUCCGACAUGCAUAUGGCGUAACCGGACUUCUUUCUUAUCUGGUACCGAAGAGAUCGUCGCGUUUUUGACUGCCAAAUGGAAGCGAGAGCACAACUACCGUCUGCGCAAGGAGCUCUUUUCUUUCCGUGAUGAUCGCAUCGCCGUGCAGUUCUGGUACGAGUAUCAAGAUGCGACUGACGGAAUGCGUUGGAAGCGUUGUUAUGGACUGGAGGAUUGGACAUUUGACAGAGAAUCUGGGAAAAUGUGCAAGCGUAUGAUGAGCGGCAAUGAUCUGCUUCUUGGACCAGACGGCAAUGGCGAAGGACGGUGGUUUGUUCAGGGUGUUGACGUGGAUGAGGUCCCGAUCGGCCCAGAACACUGGUAG